UUAUAUCCAUAUAUGUACUUAGCAUCAUCAAUGCCAUCUGUCAAGUUAAAUUAGUGACGCAUUAAUUAUCAAAUAACCUAAAAUAAAUACUAUAUGUUAUAAACUAUUAAUGGCAGCGAUAGAUAAAGUUAAAAUUAUUGUAGUUGGUGAUUCUGGUGUCGGUAAAACAUCAUUAACCCAUCUUAUAUGUCAUCAACAACCGAUCAGUAAUCCUUCUUGGACGAUAGGUUGUUCUGUUGAAGUGAAAUUGCACGAAUAUAAGGAAGGCACACCUAAUCAAAGAAGAUAUUUUGUUGAAUUGUGGGAUAUAGGUGGAAGUCAAAACCAUGAAAAUACAAGAUCUGUCUUUUACAAUCCUACGAAUGGUAUAAUAUUGGUUCACGACUUAACAAACCGUAAAUCACAACAAAAUUUACAGAAAUGGUUACAAGAAGUAUUGAGCAAAGAUGGAAAUUAUUCAAAAUCAAAAUCAUUCGAUGAUUUUGAUCCCGAGAAAUUUGUAGGAUCGACUCAAAUUCCAAUAUUAGUUAUUGGUACAAAACUUGAUUUAGUAUCGGAAGUAAGAUCAAACAUGCACAGACGUACUUCAACUAUUGCUGAAGAAUGCGGAGCUGAUGAGAUAUUUUUGGAUUGUUGUCAAGUAAGGGCAUUGGCAGCAGGUUCUAGUUCAUCCGUAAAACUCAGCAGAUUUUUUGAUAAAGUCAUUGAAAGGCGUUACUAUGCUAUUAGAGAAGGCAGUACUUUAGACAAACGAAGAAUGACCACCUAUACUUCAACAUACAAUCCAAAACUUUAUCAUAAUGACUAAAAAUAUAAUUUCUUAAUCUAAAGGGAUAUUUACUUUAUUUUUUUUUCAUAUUUUUACAUAUUAUAAUAGGAAAGAUUUGGAAGUAAAUCUUGACAAAUAUUGUAUUGUAAAUAUUGUAUUAAUAUUAAGUUCAUAUGAAAUAUACGCGUUUCAUAUAUAAUAUAAAUUCAUACAAAUAAUAAUAUAAUAAAUAAUAUAAUAAAUAUAAAUUCGUUACAAGUAACGAAGCUACGAUUGGCCGAACGCCAGCUACUUGUCUUUCUAUGUCACAUGGACUUCGUCGAAGGUUUUUUGACACAUAUAGUUCCUAGUUACCUCUUUUUAAGACUUUUUCCUUCUGUAAUAAUUAAUGAAAAAAUUUCAUCAUGUAUGCAAAGAUAAAUUCGAUCAAUAAAUAUAUUAUUUUUUUUAAACAGA